GUGAAUUGAAAGGGAAAACCAGGUUACAUCAACAAAAAAGGAGGCCUAAAGUUGAUGUGUUUAUCUUACUCUAAUAUCAUAUUUUUUUUUUAAAUUUUAUAUCCCAAACAAAUAUCGUUAAUGAUAAUAAUAAUAAUGAUACUAUUGUCAAUAUUAACUGUCAUUCGGCAGAAUAAUUGUAAGUACCUAACAACUACAAUGAGAACAUUAGGUCUAUAUUAUUAAAACAAAGGUACUUGUACUUUAACAUUAUUGAAUUAUUUCCAAAUUUUAUUAAUAUGUUACAUCAAAUAAAUCAAUUAUUUGUAAUCCCAAUUAUUAACAUUGAUUACGUAACAACCAAAUUAUUUAUUCAAGAUACAUAAAUUCACACCUUUCAAAAGGUUUAUUAAUUAACUUUGAAAUGUAUAUUUCAGUAGUGAAUCAUGUCCUAAUGAAAUUUUUUUUUAAAAAAAAUGAAAGUGUCAAUGAGCUUGUAAAUAUCUACUUACUAUUGAUACAAUGUACAUAUUCAUUCAUGAUAAAUUAUAAUUAGACAAUAAUUGGAAUUAAUUUCAUAAAUAAAACUAACUUGCUCUAGUAAUUUAACAUAACAAUAAAGGUAUUGUAUGGAAAUGGAAAUUAGGCUCAAACUACCAGAACAAUUUCAUCUACAUUUUGUAUAAUGUAUUUAAAGAUGAAUCUAUUGUUUUGUUUUCUUCAAAAUAUUUUAUCUUGUAUUAUAUUGCUUCACUAUGAGUUUUAUACCGUGAAAAGUGAAAAUAGAGUAGCAAUUCAAAAUAAUGGGGAGAAAUUUUCCCGAUUCAAAUCAUUUUUUGACAUAUCGCCAGAUUAUCUCAAAUGGUCGGAGAAUCAACGUGUACAACUAGAAUCGAUUACAAAUAAUCUAGCAUCAAACAAAACGACUCACGUUAUGGGACCUUUAAUCAAUCCAUUAGAGCAAUCUUCGGUAACUCACAGUGAUUUUAGACACAGUGCGAAUAAACGAACAUCGAAGCAAGCACCUGAUGAGAAUAAAAAUGAUAUUAAUUCUGAUAUCGAAAAAGCAAACUCUAGUUCCGUGAUCGAUGAAUCUAAUGAGGGUAAUAUUACUGCAUCUAUUGUAGUCUAUUCAGGAACAACGUCAGUUAUAUUAGCACUACUAACAGCCAUAGUUAGUUUUAUCACAAUUGUUGGAAACAUACUAGUUCUUAUUUCUUUUUUUGUGGAGAGAGCAUUACGAACAGCAUCAAAUUACUUCAUAGCUUCAUUAGCUGUUACAGAUGUACUGAUUGGAUUUUUUUCAAUGAAUUUUUAUACUUUAUACCUUCUUCUUGGACGGUGGCCAUUAGGAAGACUUUCAUGUGAUUUGUGGCUAAGUUUAGAUUAUACAGCCUGUUUAACCUCCCAAUACACAGUACUAAUUAUCACCAUUGACAGAUUUUGUUCAGUUCGUAUACCUGCAAAGUACAGAAACUGGAGGACUGAAAGAAAGAUUCUUAUACUAGUUGCUGUUACGUGGAUUAUACCAUCAUCUGUAUUUUUUACCACAAUAAUGGGUUGGCCUUACUUCCACACUGACGGCAAUCCUAGACCAGAUGAUGAAUGCUAUGCAGAAUUUGCAACGGACCCUAUCUUCAACACCGUUUUUACCGUGUGUUAUUUUUGGGUUACUUUGUGUGUGAUGCUAGUUUUAUAUGUUGGUAUAUAUCGUGUAGCUGCUGAUUUACAGAAGCGUAGUGACGAAAAACGAAAUCGUGUUUCCGGCCUUAUUACUAAUAAUGUACAAAAUAAUAAAACAACCACGCAGAUGCUGUUGAACAACCAGAGAGCUUCAUCUCACGGUUUGAACCAAAAACCCACAAAUAAUCAUAACUAUCCGCAUAAUAGUAGUAUUGGCGGUUUAGGAGAUUCGUCGGGUUUCGAUUCAGACGAAGGUAAAUCAGACCCUGUAAGACAAAAUACUUUAUCGAAAACAACCAAACUUGGGGAAAAGCAGAACAGACAGAUCACAAAAGUAUCAGCUGAACCACAAACCGAGAAAGCUUUUGUUGCAUUGCCGAGAAUUGAAGCUAGAUGUGACAUUCAACCAAGUAUGCUAGGAGCAACUGGUAUUAUUCCUACGAAAACAAAAAUUCGCGAUUUAUCUAAAGCUAAUCCUAAUCGUUUAAAUGAAGUUCCAGAAACCGAUCUAGGUUAUAGUUGUCCAACAUCCGUUAUGGUAAGUAAAAAUCUUGGCCUUGUAAUCAGUUCACCAGUUUUGACAGAUGACGAUAGCGGACUUGAAGUAAAUGACUGCCAAUCAGUUUCGCAGAAGAAAAAGCAAGAGUUACCUACACCACUAUCUUAUGAUUGUUUAAAUGAAAAAGAACCAAAUCCAGUGUCAGAAAAAGAGGAUCAAUCAGCCAACCAUAAGACAGAAUACAAAAAAGAAAGAAAAAGUGAAACACCCAUUGACUCAGAUUAUCAGAAUCGUGUUAUGGAACAAUUCAAACAAAGAAUGGCAGCUUUAGGUAAUCAGAAAACAACACCUCGAGUUACAGACCAUACAAAAGUAAAUAAUCCACCAUCCAAUCAAAGUUUGUUAAAAUGUAAGCAGGCUAACAACCACUCUCGAUUAACACUGAAUACUUCGAAUUUUUCUGAGUCAACGUCAUCAAAAGGUACUGAAAAUACUACAAAUAACACUCACAAUUAUGAUGCUCACACAACAGUUUAUUCUGCAAAUUCAAAAUCACAAUUCUGUAGAGGCAACAUAGAUUGUUGCAACUCUACAGAGUUAGACACUAACUUGCAAACACCAAUGUAUGUAAAUAACUCAUCUCCUAUCUGGAAAUCUCGCCCUAUGUGCUGUGAUGGAAUAGUGAGUGCACCAUGUUCAGUUAGGAGUUAUCAAUGUUCAAAUAGACGAAUUGAAGAAUGUAUGAGCCAGCAAGUAUGCGUAAUAUGUAUGCGUCAACAACAACAACAACAGGAUUCCGAUACAUUACAAUCAAGUUCCAGUUUUGGAGAUUUCGGGGGUCCAGUUGUAUGUGAUGAAAAAUGUCUAUGUUAUUCUCAAGAUUUUGAUAAUCAGAAAACAUUAAAUAUUUCUGUCGGAGCACGUUUAUUAUUUUAUGUACAAUCAAUUAAGUUAAAAGUGAAUAAAGAAAGUAUUGUAGAGCACGUUAAAAAAACAUUUAUACGUAGAAAAUCAAAACACAAAAAUAUUGAACGUGGUCGACGUGAAAAUCGUGCACGUAAAGCAUUAAGAACAAUCACAUUUAUUAUGGGUGCUUUUGUUAUAUGUUGGACACCUUAUCAUAUAGUGAUUAUGAUUAAAGGUAUAUGCGAUGAUAUUCAAAAAAAAUAUACCUGUGUAAAUGAUAUAUUCUAUAGUGUAACUUAUUGGUUAUGUUAUAUGAAUUCACCUAUUAAUCCAUUUUGUUAUGCAUUAGCAAAUGCACAAUUUAAAAAAACAUUUCUACGUAUAUUUCGUGGUGAUUUUAGAAGAUUAUAAUGAAGCAGUACAUAAUAAAGUGAAUUAAUGUGCAUUUCUAUUCUACUGAUAAGAAUGCCUUUUAUUUUCUUUGAUAUUACAAAUGUAUAUUAUAAACAUGUUACUAUGCUUAUCAUCUUUAAACGUUAAUUUUUUUUCUUUUUUUUUAAUAAAUCAUUCAAACAUCGAAUUAGUUACUAUCCUAAAUCAUUAUUCAUUUAAUAACAUAGAAAUAAUUGAAAUAUGAAUGUAUAAUAAACCUUAAUUGCUUUAUAUUUAUCUUUUGUUCUGUUUCUUUUUUAAUAAUCCCAGUGCUGUAUUAUUCUUGAUUAAUAUUUUGAAUAUAUGAAAAGUAAAUUGAUUUGUUAAUUCAAUUAUUGUUACCAAGGAAACAUUAGCUAUUAGUCAAACUGAUAUGGAUUAGAAACAGUUAAAACUAUGUACAAAAUUUUACGAAUUUCUUCUUUUUUUUCAUUUUUUAAUGCAAAGUUUCGAUUGACUAUUUUUUGACAUAAAUUUCUUUGUAAAUGAUGUUGUUUGCUUUCGUUUGUUUGUUUCGUUAACUCCACCUGGAGCUCCUCUAGUGCUUCUUUUUUUUCUUUUGGCUGUAUAAUUUUGUUGUAACACUUGAGAAUUAUGUAAAUGAAUAAUUUUAAUAAACUAAAAGUUUAAUAAUUAUGACUUAAAUUUUAAAUUUUCAUUUACGUGAAAAUUUAAUAACAUAUUACAUUUAUUAACUUAUUAGAAUGAAUAAAGAUAUUAGAGUAACCAGACUAAAAACUAAAGAAUAUCAGAGUGAACAGUUAUUUUUAAUAAUUUCAUCAUUAAGCCCUACAGCUGUAAAUCCAAUAUUAUUGUAAUAUUGUACGCCUGUAAUGCCUCAUGGAGGAGUAUAGGGCGCCCACCAGCUUUCUCUAUCCAACCCUGUCCUGGGCAAUCCUUUCCUGUUUUUUGCAGUUAUUAUUCAUCCUAUUCGUAUCUGCUUCCAAUUCUCGACGUCGUGUGUCCUACGGCCUUCUUCUUUUCCACUUCCCUUCCAGAUUCCAAGUUAGAGCUUGCCUCGUGAUGCAGUUUGGU